UGAUCUGCUUUCACGCAUGGGGACGUGCUCCACAGCUGAUGAUCGAUGUGAACUUUCGGAGACCUUGUUUCUCCUUUCACUUUUGGUACCUCGUGGAUGUGCGGAGUUAACAGCUCGCUGAAUAAACAGUGGAAUGAACCUAUAUAUAUAUUGUACCUUUACGGCUGGAAAACGGGAUUAAAAACGAUAGUAUAAUAUCUUCGGUAGGCUACCGAAAGAGAAAAUCGGUGUCAGCACACAAACACUGGGCCAGACAGUAGUCUGAGGCAGAAGUGGAUGAAAUAAGAGGCUUGAGAAGCGAAUGGUGUGAACAGUGUUGGAAUGCAACAGGAUUAUCAUCUGACCUUAACUCAGAGGAGGCGAAGCAACCAGACCACUGGAUCACACGUUUUCUGAUCUCCGCUGCACUACAAUGCCUUUGAGGUCACAAUGUCUACGCUGAAGCACGUUAUUCUGCAGGACAAAGACCAGGGUGUGGAAAAGAAGCUGGACUGGAGUUACAUUGAGUGGGUCGAAAAUGAGGUGGUCACCCCAGGUGUGGCGAAUGCACAGACACAAACCGACCGGGGGCCCUUUGAGCACAAGGAGAGUCAGACCACCAACCCGAUCAUAAUGCACAUAGAUCUCACAAGGACACACUCCAAGCUGAGAGAUUCGGGUCUGGUGGACGCCGAUGGCUUGGUCGCACCUUUCUUCCAGUUUGACCGGCAGGCCCCCGGCCGCAUCUCCACGUCUCCCACUUUGAGGAGGAUGAGGAGCACCCGACGUCCUGUGAUGGAUUCUCAGGAUCCUGGCAGGAUGAGCAGCACGCAGGAGGAGCCUUCCUCUGCGAGCACGCCAUCCCCCAUGAGCCCCGUCUCCCCAGCACACAGAGUCAAGUCUCCUCUCGCAGCAAGUCCCCUCGCUGAUGGAGAGGUCUGCCACCAUCAUCAGCCCAGUUCUUCCUCUGGCAGACAGAGAAGCACAUCGCAUAGAUUCAAGACUUUUGGCAAUGGUGUCACUUCCACGACACAAGAAUGUCGCAGUGCUCAUCCUACUCUUUUUAAAGAUUUUGGAUUCCCAGAUGGUGACGUACAGGAGAAAGAGCACUACUAUACUAGGCUUCAGGAAAGAAGACGGAGCUCUGUGGUGGUCAGCUUGCCUGGAUUGGAUGUUUCACCAGGAGACCUGUUUGUAUCCAAUGGAGCAGCUGGUGUACUAAGUGAUACUAAGAAGUCAAAGUGGCCUUUUUCAAGGCGUAGUACGACUAAAGGGAAGUCGCAGACAGUCACAGUGUCAGAUAUUGAAAAAUAUCUCUCAACAGAAAAGAUUCAAGACUGGAGAAACUCUGAAAUUCAGAAGUAUAAGGACUACUCUCUGGCGGAGUUCCUGCGGGACCAGUCUUCCCAGGUGAGCGCCGCCUCUGACCCUCAGGGCUUCAAGAGACAAGAGGCCAUCUGGGAGCUCUUCACCAGCGAGUGUGUCUACUUCCUGGAUCAGCUCAUGGUUCUGAAAGAGGUGUUUUUGGCUACACUCAUAAACCUGCAGACGAGGAACUGCCUUACUGAUGUUGACUCCUGGAGACUGUUUGCAAACCUCAACGAGCUUUGCCUGGUGAGCUUUGGUUUCCUUAACAACCUACUGCGCGUCAUCAAGGACACGUUGGAGAUUACUGAGGACGGCAGGCCCACCCUGCUGGAGCUUCUGAGCAAGGCUUUCCAGGAGAGCAUAUGUCACAGCCUGCAGAAGUACUGCCUCAACUACUCCACGGCUCUGCUUUACGUGGACAGCCUGAAGCCCAGAGAGGACUUUGGAUCUUACAUGAAGUGGUGUGAGAGGAACGAGCAGUGCCGGAGGCUGCAACUGCGCGACCUGUUGGUGACGCCUUUGCAGAGGCUAACUCGGUACCCGCUGUUGUUGCGGAAUAUUGCGAAGAGAUGUCAGACAGAGGACGAGACCAGAGGCCUGCAGUCCGUAGCAGAGCAAGUGGACACAUCUAUAUGUGAUUUAGAGGGAAAGGUCAAAUGGUUGGAUAACUACCGGAAGGUGAAACAGUUGCGAGAUGCCCUGGUCUGGCUGCCUGUAUGGGAGAGAGACAAGCGAGCCUUCGUCCCUGAGAACCUGAAACAUCUCCUAAAGGCUGUCACUCUGGAGAAUCUUAUUUCUCACAGGAGUCUGCUGCAUGAAGGGAAACUGGUGCUCACAGAAAACACAAAGCUGAUAGAUGUUUAUCUGUUCCUGUUUGACGAAUUCCUGCUGAUCACAAAGUUAAAGAGAAACAAGAAGAGGUCCAUCGGUCCGGAGCAGAAUCCUCUGAGGCUGCCACAGAACUUGGAGCUGGAUCAACUGCUGAAGGAGGGAUGCACCUUCACGGUUCUCGACCAGCCCGUCUCUCUGGACCGACUCCAGCUCAAGAACAUUGAUCAGCUUAAUGCCUCAACAUCAGGGCUGCCUCAUUCUUUCAUAAUCAUGCACCACAACCGCUACCAGCAGUGUAUCGGCGCGUUCAUCUUGCAAGCUGCGUCAGAGUCUGUCAAGAGAGUGUGGCUGUCAAAGAUAGAGGGCGCUGUAAUGGCGCUGCUGAAGCUGGACUCUAUGCAGGCGCGAGUGAAGAGCUCCGCUCUGUGGCUGGAGUCUUCCCAGAUCUGACCCGUUAAAAACAGCCCUGGGAGCCGCCUGCAACUACCCAACUGUCAACUGUGCACUUGACUCUCCCUUGAAGUCUUAUAAAUGACUGUACUAGCACUAGGAUCAUUUUGUAAACUAAAUGUAAAGUGAAUGUUUGCUUAAAGGCAGCUGCUGCAGUAGUGUACAAUAAAUACCUGAUUGUGUAGUAGAGGUUGUUAUUGAGGGUUUUUCCCUUUUGAAGAACACACAUCACUUCAUCUACUUUUUAAAAGCGUCUCGUCGGGUUUCCACAUGCAGUCAACCAUCAAAUGCGGAGACUUUUCAGUGACAUUCACGGACUCGACGAAACAAUCUCUCCUCGAGCUCCCCUUUCACUCAUAACACUCGAUCGUCAUCAGUACAUACUUUGCUCGGUGUUCUCAAUUUUUAAGCCAGCAUGGACAAGAGGUCCCUGAAGUGGACAAAAGGAACAUCUACAACUCCAUGACAUCUGAACAGACUCCAUCUGCUGACCAAGAUCAUGUGAUAUGAUUGAAAGCUCCUACACAGCUACUAAA